UCGGGUGCGGACGAUAGGAUGAGUAGCUCCCACGGAGCGGUGAUAACGGCCUUCGCGGGCCGCGGUUCUUCGGCUGCUGAUAACUACCGCAUAAUCCUGCCCCCUCUGCCUUCUGGAAUAGUCACGACGAACUCUUUAUUUUUACACUGCGACGUAACCGGACGACCAUACCGUAUUGACGACUUUCGAGAAGAAUUACAGCGACUGCAAGUACUCGGCGAUGUGGCCUCAUUUGGUGCUUAUCAAAUGAACCACGUUUGGAUGGUCGCCUUCCAGUCUACAACAGCAAAGGACCAACUGCUUGCGGCCAAGGAGCUCACCAUCAAAGGCAAGCGCUGUCUUCUCAUUGACCCCCAAAACUCAGAACUCCGCAUAAAGAUUCACUGGGUUCCUUUUCUCGUGUCCGAUGACACGGUGCGUCGAGCGCUAGAGCAGUACGGCCAAGUUCAUGAAGUCACCCGCGAGACGUGGCGGGCCCAGGGUUUUCAGGGCAUACAGUCGACGACAAGACUGGUUCGAAUCACUCUGAAAGAGGGCGUCACAAAGGAAGACGUCCCUCACCAACUCCGGCUGUUCGGCGGCACAGCGCUCGUCCUAGUGCCCGGACGCGCCCCCUUAUGUCUCCGGUGCAAAAAAACCGGGCAUAUUCGGAAGGACUGCAGAGUCCCUCGCUGUGAGGACUGCCAUCGAUAUGGCCACACUAGGACAGAUUGCGUUAGAACCUACGCAGCUGCAACAAGUGGACCACUCCUCGAUGAAAACCUCGACAUGCUGAUGGACGAAAGGGAAGCGGAACAAGCAGCGAGCGCGGGCACCACCGAGUGCAACUCUCCCACGGAGUCACUGACCAGGGGCACGCCUGCGGUCAUCCCCGAGUGUAACCCAUCUGCGGCCCCGCUGACCAGCAGCAUGCCCUCGGACACCACCGGGCGCAAUCCUUCCGCGGCCCCGUCGUCCAGGGGCACGUCUGCGGCCUCAACGUCGACACCUUCCUCACAAGUCGAGCUUUCUGCGGACGCUACUACUGAGGACCCACUAACUGGCGGUGACACAACGCCCGUUUUCCAGGCGGAUGGCCGGGCGAACCAAGCGCAGGAGGCAGCGGUACCGGACACGGCAGGGCAGAACGAAGCGGAGAUGGAGGUGGUUGCCACGGCUAUCAAGCGACCUCUCGUCCAAGAGAACAGCGCUGAGGAAGAGGAGGACGGCACACCGACUUAUUUACACUGUAAACUCGCCACAACCAGACGCGGACGCCUAAGAGCCCCGAAGCCCCGGCCUCCGCUAGAGGACCGGCACGAAAGGAACUCCUAGAAGGAGACUUUGCACCAUGUAUUCCUGUACUGCACAAAUGCUGAAAUAUUCUGGUCGGAACUCCGUCAUGCACUUAACCUUGAUGAGGCCCAGCCGGAUUGGGGCACUCUAAAAUUUCUCCGUG